CCAGCCAGUCAGUCAAGUGAGUGAGAGCGGCGACGGCAGCAGUGGCAGCAAGCAGCUCGCGCGACGACGGCCAAACUUCGUGAAAAGCGGGCCUCCUCAGUUCAGUCUCAAAGAAGAAGAGCAACUCUUCGGCAGCAGCCAGCCAGCACAGCUCGCUAGCGGGAAAAUAGUUCUAGCAAAACACAAAUUUAACACACAAGAGCAAAAAAAAAAUGAAAGCAGAGACAGUGCGAAAGUGUUUGAUAAAGAAGUUUUCGUGAAAGAGAGCGAGGAGGAAAAAAAAAGAGCGGUGGCGAGAGAAAGCCAUCGGCCAGCAGCAGCAGCACACUGGAUUUUUAGUAAAUAGUUGAGGAGGAGCAGCAGCAAGUGCAGCACCAGCACCACCAAACAAUGGCUGAUCACAGCGAUGAACCGCCGCACAAGCGGGCCAAGCUGCGGGAUGAGGUCAACUCAUCGAUCGACCUGAUGUUCGACCUGGAGAGCCACCUCCCGGACGAGCUGAUGGGCGACAACACGUGGGGCGACGCGCUGAGCGGCGUGGGCAACAAACCACCCGGCCCCGGUCCCGGUGGCCCCCAGAUGAACGGAGGUGGCCCGGGCGAUGAUCCGGGCGGAACGUCCGCCGCAAUGGUGAACCAGAUGGCACUCCGCCAGCAGCAGCUGCACCAACAACAGCAGCAACAACAAAUGCACCAUAUCAUGCAGCAACAGGGUAACAAAGGCAUGGUGGCCGGCCAGCAGCAGCAGAUCCUCGGCAUGGGCAAGAGUCCGAACAUGUUGCCGAUGCAGCAACAGCAGGGAAUGCCCCCGAACAACGUCGUUGUGGGGCCGAUGGGCGGCGGAGGCCCCGGCGGGAUGCUCGGGAUGAACAGUAUUGCGCAGAACAACGGAGGCACGAUCAUCACGAACAGUAACAUGGGACUGAGUGGAGGGAUGGUGACGAGUGGGGGACUUGUGAUAAACAACAACAACAACAACAUGAAGCAGGGUGGCCCGGGGAAUCCUGGCUUGAUGCAUCAGCUACCGCCGAAUGCGAUGCAGAAUGGGCCGUUGAACAACAGGUUAGGGAUGCCAGGACAACCGGGCCAGCACAUGACGAGGGUUCCGGGAGGGCACAUGAACCAGCAGGGCUUGCGGCAACUGAUGCAGAAUCACGUCGGUGGUGGCAUGGGAAACCAAAUCAACCAGAUGGGCGGCCCUUUCGGAGGUUACCAGCAGAACGUGAUGACCCCGGGUGGAAUGGCCCCAGUGCGGGGGUCACCGCCCACGAUGCCAAACCGGAUGCCGAACAUGAACAUGGCCGGCGCUCGGAUGGGAAACCCGCUUGGAGCGGGAAACAUGCUCCCCGGUGGUGCCGGUCUUGGUGGCAUGAACGUUGUUAACGAGGGCGGAGUUGCGGCGCAAGCGCAACCUCCAACGCCAUCGCCGGUGCAACCCUCGUCCGGCAAACCUACCGCCCAAAUCCGACCAACGACGGCCGCCCAAGGUGGCCAACAGCAACAGCAGCCCAUGGGCCAACAAAUGAACGCCGGUGGAGGUCCAGGAGGUGCAACCGUCGUACCAACGCCCGGUGGCCAACAACAGCAGCAGCAACAACAACAGCAACCUGGCUCCACCCAAAGCGGGCCCGGCAAUCCACUGCUCGCCGACCCGGAAAAACGAAAACUCAUCCAACAGCAGCUCGUCCUGCUUCUGCACGCCCACAAGUGUCAGCGGCGAGAGUCCGAGAACCCCAACAGCAACAACUGCACGCUAGCGCACUGCCGAACCAUGAAGGAAGUGCUCACCCACAUGCAGUCCUGCCAGCUCGGCAAAAACUGUCCCAAAACGCACUGCUCCUCGUCGCGGCAGAUCAUCAACCACUGGAAGAACUGCCAACGGCAGGACUGUCCGGUUUGUUUGCCUCUGCGCGAUACCAACAAGUACAAACAGAACCAGCAACAACCCGGACAGCAGCAGCAACAACAACAACAACAAAACCAACAGCAACAGAACCAGCAAAACCAACUCAAAAAUCAACUCCAGCAAGACCCGAAUCAGCCACAGCAGCAGCAGCAACAGCCGGGACAACCCGGCCAGAACCAGCAACCUAACCAGCAGCAGCAAAUGCCCGGGGGUCCAUUCAACCAACACGUCGGCGGUGGCAACCAAGUGCAAUGUCCUUCCUCGACCGCGUCCAACACCCUACCCGGAAACGGUCCCCAAAUGCCCAACCAGCAACAACAGGUGGGUCAACCCGGAAUGCCUGGCCAGCAGCAGCAGCAAGCCGGUCAGAUGGCGGCGAUGCAGCGACAAAUGGCGCAGCAACAGCAGCAGCAGCAAGGUGGUGGCGUCCGGAUGAUGAUUCCGCCCAACCAGAUGAUGGUCAACAACAAUAGCAACGUACUGCCCACCAGCAGCGGUGACGCGUCCAGUGGAGGGCUUCCCGUCGUUACCAGCCAGGCCGGUGGGUCCAACCAAAGUGUAAGCCAAAUGGCCGCUGCAUUGCAGCAGCAGCAACCAAACGCUCAAAUGCAGCAGCAAAAUCAAUCUCAAAACAUCAUUCCAUUGCCGGGGAACGUGCUGUUCAAUCAGGACGGGGGCCAGCAGCAGCAACAACCUGGGGGAAGUGGGGCGGCCGGCGCAGGGAACUUCCCCGCGAACCAAAUGAUUGCGGCACCGGUGCAGGGCACGAAAGACUGGCACCACUCGGUGACGCCCGACUUGCGGAAUCACCUGGUGCACAAGCUCGUGCAGGCCAUCUUCCCCUCGCCCGAUCCGUCGACCAUGUUCGACAAGCGCAUGUACAAUCUGGUCGCGUACGCGAAAAAGGUCGAAGGAGAUAUGUACGAGAUGGCGAACUCAAGGUCCGAGUACUAUCACCUGUUGGCGGAGAAGAUCUACAAGAUUCAGAAGGAGCUGGAGGAGAAGCGACAGAAGCGAAAAGAACAGCAAAUGCAACAGCAGAGGCAAGCUGCCGAAGCUCAACAGCAGCAGCAACUCCAGCAACCGGGCGGAAACGUGCAGAUUCGGCCCAUGAACCCGAACCAGGCGAUGAUGAACCCGGUCGGGAUGCCCGGCGCGAACAACGUUAUGCAAAUGCCCCGCCAGGUUGGACCGAACCAGUUGUUGAACCAAAACUUGCUCCAGCAGCAGCAACAGCAGAGGAUGAACCUGGCCGCAGGUCAACAGCAGAUGUUCGUAUCGCAACCAGGCCCCAGUCCAAGCGGACUCGGCCAGCAACAAACCGUACUGCCCGGUGGCCUGUCUCCAUUCACCGCCCAGCAGCAACAACAAGCCCUGAACAAUCACCCGCCGGGAAUGACGCCACCUUCGGCGCAAAAUGCCUUCCUGAACGGACCCUCGAUAGCGGACAGCUCGCCCAGUGGGCUGCAGCAGUUCAACGACAUCAUGAAGGCCAAGUACAACGCAGGUCAAGCGGCGGCAGCUGCUGCCGCGGCCAACUCCAUGGGUGGCAUGAACCAAACCGUGACUCCGUCACUGCCAUCGCCCUUCGGUAACAGUCAAAACAACCAAACCUUCAACGGCGCCGGCCAGCAGCAGCAGCAGCAGCAGAUGGGAAUAGGCACCAACUGUCUCAACAAUGGCCAGCAACAACGCACCAACAACAACAGCCUACAGAUGCCUUCAACUCCGACCAGCGUCGGCGGCGACCUGCUGAACUCGUCCGGCAAUAGUGUUCCAAUUCCAUCGCCCUCACCAAGUCUCACCCCGAACGGUCCCGUUCCACAGCAGCCACCUCCGGUCAGCACGCCAAACACGCCCAACGUGUCCGCGCUCAUAGCUUCCGCGCCGGAACCUACUCCACCACCACCACCCAUCUCAUCUCCCAUUCCGAUCUCGACUCCGCCGGCACUCAGCGCCGUACUCAGCUCAGCUUCCAUUACCAGUACUGCCUCGAGCGGACCCACGACGACGACGUCCGCAAGCAGCGGCACUGCCGCUAGCACAACUUCGUCCGCGACCUCCACCACAACCAGCAGUAGCAAUAGUAUUAGCGCCACCAGCACUACCAUCAGCAACAGCAGCAGUAGUAGCGCCGCCAUCAGCAGGUCCAGCUCGUCGGCGCUCAGCUCGCAGAUGGCGGCCCUCGAAGCCGCCGCACGCGACGACGACGACGACUCCCAGCCGGCGACGGGCGCCAACAACUCGGGCAGCGAGUCCAACGCCAAGGGCGGCAAGUUCGAGAUCAAACAGGAGCAGGACAUCAAGUCUGAGCCGGACACCAACCACAUGGACACGUCCGAGUCGGGCGGCCAAACCGGCGGCAAGAGCGUCAACAACGACAACUGUCCCAGCAUCAAGCAGGAAAUCAAGACUGAACCGAUGGAUACGGCCGACGGGGGCGGCGAGGGCAGCGAAAACAAGCCCAACAGCAAGCUGGACGUGGUCAAGUGCAAGGAGGAACCGAUGUCGCCGUCCGGCGGGUCCACCGCGAACGCCGUCGUCAAGAGCGAGCCGCGCGUGUGCCCCGAGCCGGUGGCGCAGGACGCGACAGACACCAAGAAAAAGUGUUCAUUCAAGCCGGAGGAGCUGCGCGAGGCGCUCAUCCCGACGCUGGAGAAGCUGGUCGCGCAGGAACCGGAAUCGAUCCCGUUUCGCAUGCCGGUGGAUCCGCAGGGCCUGGGCAUCCCGGACUACUUCGACAUCGUGCGCAAACCGAUGGAUCUCAGCACGAUCCGGAAGAAGCUCGACUCGGGCCAGUACUCCGACCCGUGGGAGUACGUGGACGACGUGUGGCUCAUGUUCGACAACGCGUGGCUGUACAACCGGAAGACGUCCCGCGUGUACCGGUACUGCACCAAGCUCUCGGAAGUUUUCGAGCAGGAGAUCGACCCGGUGAUGCAGUCCCUUGGUUACUGCUGCGGCCGGAAGUACACCUUUAAUCCCCAGGUGCUGUGCUGCUACGGCAAGCAGCUCUGCACGAUCCCGCGGGAUGCCAAAUACUACAGCUACCAGAACCGCUCUUUCGGUGCCCUGUCCACCAGAUACACGUACUGUCAGAAGUGCUUCAACGAGAUCCCCGGCGACAUGGUGACGCUCGGCGACGACCCGAUGCAGACGCAGACUCAAAUCAAAAAGGACCAGUUCAAGGAGAUGAAGAACGACCACCUGGAGCUGGAACCGUUCCUCGAUUGUCUCGACUGUGGCCGCAAGCAGCACCAGAUUUGCGUGCUCUACCUGGAGCAGAUCUGGCCGGGUGGGUUCGUGUGCGACAACUGCCUCAAGAAGAAGGGCACCAAGCGGAAAGACAACAAGUCGAACGCCAAGCGGCUGCCGACGUCCAAGCUGGGCACGUACAUCGAAACGCGCGUCAACAACUUCCUCAAGAAGAAGGAGGCGGGCGCGGGCGAGGUCCACAUCCGCGUCGUGUCCAGCUCGGACAAGAUGGUCGAGGUGAAGCCCGGCAUGCGGAGUCGGUUCGUGGACAACAACGAAAUGUUGGCCGAGUUCCCGUACCGGGCCAAGGCGCUGUUUGCGUUCGAGGAGGUGGACGGCAUCGACGUGUGCUUCUUCGGCAUGCACGUCCAGGAGUACGGGUCGGAGUGUGCCGCACCCAACACCCGGCGCGUCUACAUUGCCUACCUCGACUCGGUGCACUUUUUCCAGCCGCGCCAGUACCGAACCUCCGUUUACCACGAGAUUCUGCUCGGCUAUAUGGACUACGCGAAGCAGCUCGGUUACACGAUGGCCCACAUCUGGGCGUGUCCGCCCUCCGAAGGGGACGACUACAUCUUCCACUGUCACCCGCCGGAGCAGCGAAUCCCCAAGCCCAAGCGGCUCCAGGAGUGGUACAAAAAGAUGCUGGACAAGGGCAUGGUCGAGCGCACCAUCCAGGACUACAAGGACAUCCUGAAGCAGGCCAUGGAGGACAAGCUGCAGUCGGCGUCCGAGCUGCCGUACUUUGAGGGUGACUUUUGGCCGAACGUGCUCGAGGAGAGCAUCAAGGAGCUGGACCAGGAGGAGGAGGAAAAGCGCAAGCAGGCGGAGCGCGAGGAGGCGGCGGCUAAUGCGAUCAUGUCGAUGAACGACGACAGCGACACGGGCGCGGACGGCAAGAAGAAGGGCGGCCAGAAGAAGGCGAAAAAAUCGAACAAAUCGAAAGCCGCCCAGCGCAAGAACAACAAAAAGUCCAACGAGCAGAUCGGCAACGAUCUCAGCGCGAAGAUCUUCGCCACGAUGGAAAAGCACAAGGAGGUGUUCUUCGUGAUCCGGCUGCACUCGGCCCAGUCGGCGGCCUCGCUGGCGCCCAUCCAAGAUCCGGACCCGCUCAUCAACUGUGACCUGAUGGACGGGCGGGACGCGUUCCUGACGAUGGCCCGGGACAAGCACUACGAGUUUUCGUCGCUCCGGCGGGCCCAGUUCAGUACGCUGUGCAUGCUGUACGAGCUGCACAACCAGGGCCAGGACAAGUUUGUGUACACGUGCAACAACUGCAAGAACCACGUCGAGACGCGCUACCACUGCACCGUGUGUGAUGACUUUGACCUGUGCAUUACGUGCAAGGACAAGGUUGGUCACCAGCACAAAAUGGACAAGCUCGGGUUCGACCUGGACGAUGGCUCGUCCCCGACGGACAUCAAGCAGACCAAUCCGCAGGAGGCGCGCAAGCAGUCCAUCCAGCGGUGCAUCCAGUCGCUGGUGCACGCGUGUCAGUGCCGAGACGCCAACUGCCGGCUGCCGAGCUGUCAGAAGAUGAAGCGCGUCGUGCAGCACACGAAGCACUGCAAGCGGAAGACGCACGGCGGCUGUCCGAUCUGCAAGCAGCUGAUUGCGCUGUGCUGUUACCACGCCAAGCACUGCCAGGAGGCCAAGUGUCUGGUGCCGUUCUGUCCGAACAUCAAGCACAAGCUGAAGCAGCAGCAGCUGCAGCAGAGACUGCAACAGCAACAACUGCUCCGACGGCGAAUGGCCGUAAUGAACACGACCCGCAUGGGCACCACGUCGACGCCUUCGAUAGCCGCCUCCAGCGGGCCGAGCCCACUUCCGUCGGGUGGUCCCAGCGGUGGCAUGAGCCCGGGCCCGAACAGCAUGGGCGGUGGCGCCGGUCCAAGUCCGGGUGGUCCCGGCAUGGGAGGCGGCGGCGGCGGCGGAAUGGGUCCAGGUGGCAUGAGUGGACCCGGCAGUGUCGGUUCCGUUGGCAGCGGGAUGGGCAUCGGUCCAGGCGGUAUGGUGGGAACUCCCGGCGGCGGCAUGAGCCCCUCGGCCGCGGCACCCAGUCCGCUGGGUCAGGUCGGUGGGCUGGGAAGCCCGCACGGGCCGGCCGGCAUGUCCGGCAUGAAGCAGGAGUCCCAGCCUCCGCCGCCGAACGUGAUGCAGGCGCUGAAACAGGUUCAGGAGGAGGCCGCACGACAACAAGCACCGCACGGAAGCUUCGGCAAGGGACACCCGGGUGGGGCUCCGAUGCCACCGCCGGUGAUGCAGCGGGCGAUUGCUGCCGGAGGUCACAUGGGUGGCGUAGGCGGAGUUGGGCCCAUGGGUGGCGUUGGUCCCCAGCAACAGCAACCGGUCGGAGGAGUUGGACCGAUGGGUGGCCCAGGAGGGCCGGGAGUUGGCGUUGUGGGGGCCGGCGGUCAGAACGUGAUGGCCCAGCUGGAUCAGUGGGGCAACCCGAGGUAUCCGAAUGCCGGCGGUGUCCAGCAGAACCCCGGAGGAAUGCGGCCAAAUCUGCCCGGCAUGAUGCAGCAGGGCCAGGGGCAGGGGCCGCAGCAACCGAACCCGAUGCAGGGGGGCAUGAUGGGCGCCGGCGUCGGUGGCCAGCAGAUGAUGGGUGGCAUGCGGCCCGGACCGGGUGGUGGCGUUUGCAUUCAGGGCCCGGGAGGCGGAAUGAUUCCCAACCAGCAGCAGCAGGUCGUGGGAGGCCCGGGUCAGCAGCCGGGAGCGCCCGGUUCGCAACUGCCAACGAAUCAACCCAAGGCCGCCAUCGCGCAGCUGAUGGCGACACUCAAGAACCCGCAGGCCGGACCCGAACAGCAACAGCAGCUGCUGUCGAUCCUGAAGGCGAACCCGCAGCUGAUGGCGGCCUUCAUCAAGCAGCGGCAGCAGAUGAACCAGAACCAGCAGAACCAAAACCAGGGUGGAAUGCCCGGCCAGCAGCAGCAGCAACAGCAGCAGGGUCAGCAGAGCCAGCAGCAGGCGAUGAUGCAGCAGCAUCCGGGCGGAGUUGGCGUUGGAGUGGGAGGAGUUGGCGUUGGGCCGGGUCAGCAGCAGCAGGGUGUCGGAGUUGGUCCCGGACAGGGACCCGUCGUCGGUGGCAUGGGCUAUAACCCGGCGGCGGGCGGAGGGCCGAUGGCGCCCAACAGGAUGCAGGGCGGUGGCGUCCAGGGGAUGGCCGGCGGGGGUAAACCCGGCGGCGGAAACCCGCAGAUGCAGCAGAUACCGAUCCAACAACAGAUAUGGUACAAACAGCAGCAACAACAACAGCAACAACAGCAGCAGCAGCAACAACAGCACCAACAGCAGAUGCUCCUGCAGCGCCAGCUGGCCAUGUCCGGCAACAACAUGCAACCGGCGCCACCCUACCAGCAACGACCCCGGCCCCAGCAGCAGAUGGGCGUCGGUGGUUACGGCCCGGGCGGCGGCAUGUUCCCCGACCAGCAGCAACAACAGCAACAGCAGCAGUACAUGCAGCAGGGCCUCAAGCCCGGCCCCGGCCAGCAAGGUCCGGGCGGCGUCAACGUACUAUCCCAGCAACUGCAGCAGGGCCCGGGCGGCCAAGUGAUGGGUCCUCCGACGCCGCAGCACGCGAUGCAGCAGCAGCUCAUGCAAACGGUCCGAUCACCUCCGCCAAUCCGAUCCCCGCAGCCACAACCUUCGCCGCGAGCCGUCCCAUCUCCGCGAGGAGGCGGCGGUGGUCAACCGUCGGCUUCCCCGCGCGCUCAACCCUCGCCUCACCACAUGCCGUCGCACUCGCCAGCGCCGAGUGGCGGCGACAUGCACAAUCACAUGCACCCCCACCAGAGUCCGGGCGUGGGCGUUGGCGGCGUAGGCGGCCAGGGCGUUCCCCCGGGGGGUGAUCCGAACCAGAUGCCGGGCGGGGGAGGGGGAGGCGGUGUUGGCCCCAACGAUACGAGUCCCCUGAACGCGCAGGACCAGCUGACCAAGUUUGUCGAGCAGUUGUAGUCGUACUGAAGAGCUGGACGUGGCCGCCAGCCGGGAGGAGCAGGGGGGAAGCCUUAUAGUUAAGUGACGCCAGAGGGACUCUGUUAGCACGAAUCCGCGUAGACGCAGCUCUUCUUAUUCAAGUGCUUUCUUUUUCGUUUUGUCAGUUUUCAGUUUUAAGAACCAGAAGUUGCUAGGUUUGAAGGUUAAAUUUUUUCACCUGUAUGAAAUCGUUACAACAGCAAAAUUAGUCUCGAUUGUUUAAGAAGAGCUCCAACACCACACUAUUUUUACUUGAAUUGACAGAGAGCAAAAGAAAAAAACUAUUGAAAAUAACAAAAAGAAGAAAAAAAAACUUGUUAGAAGCGUAAGAGACAUUAUGUAAAAAAGAGAAAGAAAAACAAAAAAAAA